UGGUUAAAAACAAAACCAAACACACGCUUCGCGUGCACACAAAACUUCUCAAAUAGCUCAAAACUUGCAGAGGACCCCUGGUGUGGACACGAAAACAGGGCGCGCGCUCCAAAACCCCAGCAGGAGCGAAGCGGCGCAGAAAUGACAGCCUGCGGUCAAUAUUUGAAGAAGUGUGUCAGUGAUUAACCCGCCGGGCUGCAGGCAGCCGCGCACGCUCCCACGCUCAUAUUCGGCUGGAGCACCGCGUCCGCCUCACCAUGCACCGCGUCCGCGCCUGGACACGCGCCGCGGCGGGACCGCUGACCGCGUGGAGCCGAACCCGAACCCGGAGCCUGUCGACCGGGACCCGGCUGGACCUGAGCGGGAUCUACCCGCCCAUCGCCACGCCGUUCACGGCCCGGGAGGAGGUGGACUACCGCAAACUGGAGGAAAACCUGCAGAAGUACGCAGAGAUCCCGUUCAGAGGUCUGGUGGUUCAAGGAUCCAAUGGAGAAUAUCCGUACCUGAGCGACCAGGAGCGGGUGGAGGUGGUGAAGGCCGUCCGACGAUCACUGCCCAAAGAGAAGCUGCUGAUGGCUGGAUCAGGCUGUGAAUCCACCAGAGCGACCAUCCAGCUGACGGAGAGGAUGGCCGCCGCCGGAGCCGACGCCGCCCUGGUGGUGACGCCGUGCUUCUACAAGGGCAAGAUGGACAGUCGGGCUCUGAUCCAGCACUUCACGGUGGUGGCGGACAGCAGCCCCGUGCCGGUGGUCCUGUACAGCGUCCCGGCCAACACGGGCUUGGAGCUGCCGCUGGAUGCCGUGACGCAGCUGGCCCAGCACCCCAACAUCCGGGGGGUUAAAGACAGCGGCGGGGAUAUCACGCGGAUCGGCCUGAUUGUUCACAAAACCCAGGCGCAGGAUUUCCAGGUUUUGGCGGGCUCGGCGGGGUUCCUCAUGGCUGCUUAUUGUGUCGGCGCUGUCGGCGGGGUGUGCGCGCUUGCUAACGUGCUGGGCCAGGAGCUGUGUGAGCUGGAGCGUCUGUGUGUGUCCGGGCGUUGGGAGGAAGCCAGAGACCUGCAGCAGCGCCUCAUCGAGCCCAACGCCGCCGUGACCAGGAAGCUGGGAGUUCCCGCCCUCAAGCAGGCCAUGGAGUGGUUCGGUUUCCACGGCGGCGCCUGCAGAUCGCCUCUUCAGCCGCUCACCGAUGCCGAGACGCAGCAGCUGAGGCGGGACUUCUCCUCCAACGGGUGGCUGUGAGCCAACACCGAGCCCAGUGUGUGUUUUCAGCAGCAAGAAGCAGCGUCUAGCGUCUUGUAGAGCUCAUCAUACAACCCCAGUAGUCCGGUGUAUUUGGAGAAGUCUUUUUAAAAAGCUGAAUUAAAUAGGAUCCCCACCGCUGUGUUGACCGCUGAAGAAACUGAGUCCACCUCCUCACUGGACUGAAAGUCCUGGAUGAGAGAUCAACCGCUCACGAUAGAGGGACUCUGAAAAUGAAAUAGCACCAGCCCAAGAUUGAAACUGAAAUAGAAUAGGAACGUUUGUGUCAACAGCCUGUUGAUGGUCUCACCAGGGUUUUAGUCAUUUAUUGAUUUUGCUCCCUACAGAUUGGCCUGUAGGUGCUAUAGAUGUUUAGAGACGGCUUCCUGUCCGCAAUAAA